AUGGCUCAUGCCGCAGCACACAUUAAAAAGGCCAGGUCCGAGAUGGACCAACCUCCGGACCUGAAGGCUCUGGAGAAAGCCAAAGAGAGGAGGAGGCGUUCCCGGGAACGGGCUGAACGCAAGCGCAAGUCGGACAGUAACACCAGUUUCCUGCGAGCAGCAAGAGCAGGGAACAUCGACAAAGUUUUGGAAUACCUGAAAGGAGGAGUGGACAUCAGUACGUCCAAUCAGAAUGGUCUUAAUGCACUGCAUCUGGCAGCCAAGGAGGGCCAUGUGGAUCUGGUCCAGGAACUGCUGGACAGAGGUGCAGCGGUCGAUUCAGCCACUAAGAAAGGAAACACAGCACUUCACAUAGCCUCUCUCGCUGGUCAGGUUGAAGUAGUGAAGAUCCUGAUCAAACGAGGAGCGGACAUCAACUCUCAAUCUCAGAAUGGAUUCACUCCCUUGUACAUGGCCGCUCAGGAGAAUCACAUGGAUGUGGUGCGAUACCUUCUGGAAAAUGGAGGAAACCAGAGCACUGCUACAGAGGACGGCUUCACCCCUCUGGCCAUCGCCCUCCAGCAGGGCCACAACCAGGUGGUUUCUGUCUUACUGGAGAACGAUACUAAAGGCAAGGUCCGCCUGCCUGCCUUGCAUAUUGCCGCUCGCAAGGAUGAUACCAAGUCGGCGGCCCUGCUCCUCCAGAACGACCACAACGCUGAUGUCCAGUCCAAGAUGAUGGUUAAUAGGACAACUGAGAAUGGCAAGAGUGGAUUCACUCCCCUGCAUAUCGCCGCCCACUAUGGGAACGUCAAUGUGGCCACGCUCCUGCUGAACCGAGGGGCAGCUGUCGACUUCACUGCGAGGAAUGGCAUUACUCCGCUACACGUGGCCUCCAAGCGUGGCAACACCAACAUGGUUCGUCUGUUAUCAGACCGUGGGUCACAGAUUGAUGCUAAAACGAGGGAUGGUCUCACGCCCCUCCACUGUGCGGCUCGGAGUGGACAUGAUCCAGCUGUGGAGGUGCUGCUGGAGAGAGGAGCACCCUUAUUGGCCAGAACCAAGAACGGACUGUCUCCUCUGCACAUGGCAGCGCAAGGGGAUCACGUCGACUGCGUCAAACAUCUUCUGCAGCACACGGCGCCUGUUGAUGAUGUCACAUUGGACUACCUGACAGCGCUCCAUGUGGCGGCGCACUGUGGUCAUUACAGAGUCACGAAACUGCUGCUGGACAAGAGGGCCAACCCCAACGCCAGGGCUCUGAAUGGCUUCACUCCACUGCACAUAGCCUGUAAGAAGAACCGCGUAAAGGUGAUGGAGCUGCUGGUCAAGUAUGGAGCCUCUAUCCAGGCCAUCACGGAGUCUGGUUUGACUCCCAUCCACGUCGCGGCCUUCAUGGGUCACCUGAACAUUGUUCUGCUGCUGCUGCAGAACGGAGCUUCGCCGGACGUCAGCAACAUUCGUGGAGAAACCGCGUUACACAUGGCAGCCAGGGCAGGUCAGGUGGAGGUGGUUCGAUGUUUGCUGAGGAACGGAGCAAUCGUGGACGCCAGGGCUCGGGAGGACCAGACUCCCCUACAUAUUGCUUCCCGUUUGGGAAAAACUGAGAUUGUCCAGCUGCUGCUCCAGCACAUGGCACAUCCUGAUGCUGCCACAAACAACGGCUACACCCCCCUCCACAUCUCCGCCAGGGAGGGGCAGGUGGAGACGGCCUCUGUGCUGCUGGAGGCUGGGGCUUCUCAUUCCCUGGCCACCAAGAAAGGUUUUACCCCCCUGCAUGUGGCCUCCAAGUACGGAAGCCUGGAUGUGACCAAACUUCUGCUCCAGCGUCAAGCUCCACCUGAUUCUGCUGGAAAGAACGGCCUCACCCCGCUCCACGUCGCCGCACACUACGAUAACCAAAAGGUUGCACUCCUGCUUUUGGACAAAGGAGCGUCCCCCAUCACAAUGGCUAAGAACGGCUACACUCCUCUCCACAUCGCUGCCAAGAAGAACCAGAUGGAAAUCGCCACAGUUCUGCUGCAGUACGGCGCAGAGACCAACAUCCUGACCAAGCAGGGCGUCACCCCGCUCCAUCUGGCCUCCCAGGAGGGCCACGCCGGCAUGGCCGCCUUGCUCAUGAGCAAGGGAGCUACGGUCAACGUUGCCACCAAGAGCGGCCUGACUGCCCUCCAUCUGGCAGCCCAGGAAGACAAAGUGGCUGUUGCCGAGAUCCUUGCCAAAAACAGCGCCAACCUUGACCAGCAGACCAAAUUGGGAUACACACCGCUGAUUGUAGCGUGUCACUAUGGUAACGUCAAGAUGGUCAACUUCCUGCUGCAGAAUGGAGCCGGUGUUAACGCCAAGACCAAGAAUGGAUACACUCCCCUUCACCAGGCGGCCCAGCAAGGCAACACACACAUCAUCAACGUUCUGCUGCAGCACGGCGCCAAGCCCAACGCUAUUACUGUGAAUGGUAACACUGCUCUGGGUAUUGCUCGGAGGCUGGGCUACAUCUCUGUAGUGGACACGCUGAGGGUGGUCACAGAGGAGAUCAUCACCACCACCACGACGGUGACAGAGAAACACAAGCUGAACGUGCCAGAGACCAUGACUGAAGUGCUGGACGUCUCCGAUGAAGAGGCUUUGAAAACCAUUGAUGAUGAUGAUAUGUCAGACGACCCCAUGGAUUUUGAAGGCGACGACACGAUGACAGGCGAUGGAGGAGAGUACCUGAGGGCCGAGGACCUCAGGGAGCUCGGAGACGACUCCCUUCCCGGGCAGUACCUUGAUGGGAUGAACUACCUCCGCUUCAGCCUGGAGGGAGGGCGCACAGACAGUCGAAUUCAAAGUUCAGACAGGUCCUUCACCCCCACCCACCAAAGCUACUACUCCCCUAAACAUGAAGGCAUUAUGGAGGAUAUGCUCACAAGCCACCAGGUUACAUCACUUGCCAGGGAGAAUGACAAGGAUUCAUACAGACUGAGCUGGGGAACAGAGAACCUGGACAAUGUGGCGUUAUCCUCCAGCCCCAUUCAUUCUGGCCACUCCUCUCCGUGCCAUGAUCAUGGAGACCACAGCAGCUUCCUGGUCAGCUUCAUGGUCGAUGCCAGGGGGGGAGCUAUGCGCGGCUGCCGACAUAAUGGCCUGCGCAUCAUCAUCCCGCCCAGGAAGUGCAGCGCGCCCACACGGGUGACGUGCCGGCUGGUGAAGAGGCACCGUUUGGCCACCAUGCCCCCGAUGGUUGAGGGUGAAGGCCUGGCCAGCAGGCUCAUCGAGGUGGGGCCCUCCGGAGCCCAAUUCCUCGGUAAACUUCACCUCCCCACUGCCCCUCCACCUCUAAACGAGGGGGAGAGUUUGGUUAGCAGAAUCCUCCAACUCGGUCCACCGGGGACAAAAUUCCUCGGUCCUGUGAUCGUGGAGAUCCCCCACUUUGCCGCCCUGCGGGGGAAGGAGAGGGAGCUGGUGAUACUGAGGAGUGAGACAGGAGAAAGCUGGAAGGAGCAUCACUGUGAACACACCCAGGAAGAACUCAACCAGAUACUCAAUGGCAUGGAUGAGGAGUUGGACACACCGGAGGAGCUGGAGAAGAAGCGCCUUUGCCGCAUCAUCAGCAGAGAUUUCCCACAAUACUUUGCUGUGGUGUCACGCAUCAAGCAGGACAGUAAUCUGAUUGGCCCUGAGGGAGGCAUCCUGAGCAGCACAGUUGUGCCCCAGGUGCAGGCAGUUUUUCCUGAGGGAGCCCUCACCAAGAGGAUCAGGGUCGGACUGCAGGCCCAGCCAGUGAAUAUAGAUGUAGUGAGGAAGAACUUAGGAAACAAGGCAACCUUCAGCCCGAUUGUCACCCUGGAGCCCCGCAGGAGGAAGUUCCAUAAACCCAUCACCAUGACCAUCCCUGUUCCCAAGAGCAACUCAGACCCAGUCCUUAACGGGUUUGGAGGGGACACACCCACCUUACGCCUGCUCUGCAGUAUCACUGGUGGAACAACGCCGGCCCAAUGGGAGGAUAUAACAGGAACCACUCCGUUAACAUUUAUCAAUGACUGUGUCUCCUUUACCACCAAUGUGUCUGCUAGGUUCUGGCUCAUAGACUGUCGGCAAGUCCUGGAAUCUGUCAACUUCUCCACCCAGGUGUACCGAGAGAUCAUCUGCGUCCCUUACAUGGCCAAGUUCGUCAUCUUUGCCAAGACCCACGACCCCAUCGAGGCCCGCUUGCGCUGCUUCUGCAUGACGGACGACAAGAUUGAUAAAACCCUGGAGCAGCAGGAGAACUUCACUGAGGUGGCCCGUAGCCGAGACGUAGAGGUCCUGGAAGGAAAACCAAUCUAUGCAGACUGUUUUGGAAACCUUGUGCCUCUCACCAAAAGUGGCCAACAUCACCUCUUCAGCUUCUUCGCCUUUAAAGAGAAUCGUCUAGCGCUCUUCAUCAAAAUAAGAGACAACACUCAGGAGCCGUGUGGCCGUUUGUCCUUUAUGAAAGAACCCAGGAACUACAGGUCAAUCACCCAGAAUGCUAUAUGCAACCUCAACAUCAACCUCCCAUCAUACUGUAAGGAGUCCGAUUCCGACCAAGAGCAAGAGGAAGAGACCAGCAGAACGCAAGAGAAAUAUGAAGAGCGGGAGACAUCAGUCCUGAAAUCAGAGCUGAUUCGAGAGCCCGACCUCCUAUCCGACGUGUCAGAGAUGAAACAAGAUUUGAUCAAAAUGACUGCCAUCUUGACUGCAGAUUCUACAGAGAAAUCCCCUACCUUAGGAGGGUGUGGUCUAGAGAAAGGAGCGGAGGACAUUUCUGGAGAACCGUUAGAAAUAAUGGAGAUGGACUUAGAAAAAGUCAAAGAGGACCUAGAGAAAGUCAGUGAGAUACUAAGGAGUGGAACAUAUGAGGGCGAGUUGGCAGAGGAGGCAACACAAGCAGCUAGAAUGUCAGACGAGUGGGUUCUCCUUUCAGACAGUGAGAUAGAAGAGGCCAAAAAUAUGGCGGCUUUGGAAAUUCAGGAGCCUGUUUUACGGGAAAGUAGAUCUAACAGAGGGGCUCCCAGACCUAAAGCCAUAAAGGACAGUGGUGACCUUAAAGAAUACCUCCUGGAUGCACCAAUCUCCAAAGUAAAAGCGAAGAAAGAGCCAGUCACCCAAGAAAAAUUCACUGAUGUUGUUCUGCGUAAAGGUGCAAAAACAACCACUCCAACCAAAGUGCAAGUAAAAACAACUCCUGGUGAUGUUAAAAAACCAGUCAGAAGAAAGGGGAAAGACCAGGGCCAGUCAGAAGAAUCAACAGAGACAGGUGGUCUCUUAAGUGUGUCAACAGCCCCCACUCCAGUAUCGCCUGUAUCCCCAGUGGUUGAAGAAACUCCCAUAGGGUCAAUAAAGGACAAAGUCAAAGCUUUACAACAGAAAGUUGAGGCAGAGCAAAAGAUCAAAAAGGUCACUGGAAGCAAGCCUUCACAAUUGCCUGUUAAGGGCAAAUCCUCUCCCAAAGCCAAAGAAAGCCCUAAAUCGGGUUCCCCUAAAUCCCCUAAAUCUGAAUCUGAAAAACUUGAGGAGACCAUGUCAGUUAAAGAACUGAUGCAAGCAUUCCAGACGGGGCUGGACCCCUCAAAGAGAAAGUCUGGGCUGUUUGAGCUCAAAACAUCCACAACAUCAAGAUCAGAGAAAACCUCAAAAUCAGAAACCGUCCCAUCAAAAUCCAUGAUCAAAGCAAUAAAAUCAUGUGUUUCUCAAGAGCGAGAACUAUCUUUGGACUCAAAACCCUGCAAGAAGGACACGACUCAGCAAGAGAGAGAGAAUGAAAACAAGUCAGUUGCUCCUGCCCAUUCAGAGCUGACUGAAACUGUAGACUUUGGAAAUUGUGGCCUUGAUGACAGCUCGGACAGCUCAAAACAUGAGGGGGUGGCAGAUUCACUAAGUGCUAGCUCUGGAGAUGGAACUCAUCCAAGCUCUGAGGACAGCUAUAAACAUGAGGGUUUAGCCACACCAGGCACAAGCCCUGAAAGUCUGUCACUUUCUCCCAAAUCUGGACAGCACGCAACUUCAUCACCAGCUACCACAACAGUCAAAAAACAAAAUAAAGACAGCGAGAAGUCUGGAGACUCUGGUUUAGGGGCCACUGGUGAACAACUAUCAACAGAAUUGUCCCUCCCUGUUUCUUCCAGCGAGGCUCCUGAUGACCACAUUACAAGUGAGUCCACAUCUGUUAGGAGGAGUGAGUCUAAGCCAUCUAGACCUCAAAAGCUUGCAAAGAGAAAUUCAGAGACAGUAGAAACUUUUCUUAGCGAUGAUGAGAGCCCUGAUCGUCAGUUAGAGUUGGCUUUAAUCGGUUCUCCAGCCUCUAGAUCCUUGUCUCAGUGUCAACAAAGCUUAGAGCUGCCUUUAAAACAAGACUCAGAUGCUCUCAGUCCAUUAGCUGAUGACUCUUUGACAAUAAGCCACAGAGACUCUCUUGAUGGUAGUCUUAUGGAAGAAAAUUCCUCGCAUAAGUCCCCAGACUCCAUUGAACCUAGCCCAACCAAGGAAUACCCUCCUCAUGACUCCUUGGAGAGCAGCCCGGUAGAGCCAAAAAGCCACCUUCCCUUCCCAUCAGCACUAGGUCCACCUAGUAAAUCCUCUAGCCAACCUGAGCCAAUCAAUACCACAGAAUUCCUGCAUGAUGCUUUGCGUGGUAGGCUGCUUCGAGACCAUGAGGCUAGUGCUGAUGAUGACAGUUGUGAGCAGACAUCUCAGAUGACAAGUUCCGGUAAGAGUCCCCUCUCCCCCGAUACUCCCAGUUCUGAAGAGGUAAGUUAUGAGGUAAACCCCAAGCCCCCUGACCAUACAUUCCUCUCUGUUCCAUCCCCACCGGCUGUCAUCCCUGAAGACCCAGAAGAAGAGGAUACAUCAGACAGUUAUGAAACUAAAAGAAAAAUCACUCCAGAGGAGGAAAUGUUUAAGAUGGCAGCCAAAAUAAAAACAUUUGAUGAAAUGGACCAAGACGCGAAGAGCAAAAAGAAAUCUAGAAAAGAUUUGUUUUCCUCAGCAGAUGCCAAAAUAGGGGAUGACAGCUAUGAAACGUUAGAGCCCACAAGUGAGAAGCUUUCGCAAAGUGAAUGUGGGCUCGAUAAACCCACAGAAGAUUCAAAGUUAGCUCUUUUUGUUGAUCGCCAUAUUAAAGUGAACCCUCCCUCUCCUCUUUCAGCAGGUUUGCAUGAUGGAUACCACAGCAAAGAGGUCAAGGACACAACAACAACAACAACCAGUGUCACUUCAGAGGGGCCUAACCCUGUCUCAGACCAGAAUCAUUCAAACACCGAACUCGACACCUCACAGGAACAAAGUCUCUCACCAUCUGUAAAAUGUGACACAGACAAAAAGUCUGCUGAAACAUCAUUCAGUGAAAACAGGACUGAUGAACAAAAGGAAGAAUGCUUAAGGAAGUCAACAGAAUGCAAAGGAGACAACACAAAUGGUCAAGAGUUAGGGGUCUGCAGGCUACAGACUGGUACAGUAAAACCAGGUGGCAAUGUAACAGAUGAAGUCAAAGGAGAUCCAGGGGAGCAUACAGCAGUUCCAGAAGCUACACUGGGUCCAACUGUUGCCCCAGAUCAAACAAAGGAAAUGUUCAAACCUGAGGUCUGCAUCUACGAUGACACAGAGGAAGAGGAUGAGGCAUUGGAACCUCCCAGAACUGAGUCCAAAGGUGUAACUGCAAAGGCAGACACUGACUCAUGGUCUGCCAUGCGGGAGGACGAUGAUACUUUUGCAGCUCGAGUCAAAGAGGAGGAACAAAAGAUACUGAAUUUAGUGGUGGACCGUCAGUCUCGUCAAGCAACUCCAGACACAACACCUGGUAGAACACCAACGGAAGAGAGCUCUCCUACCAGUGAACCCAACCCUUUUCUGUUCCAAGAAGGGAAGCUCUUUGAGAUGACCCGAAGUGGUGCUAUUGACAUGACUAAGAGAAGCUAUGAGGAAGAGGGGGGUGGCUUUGCCUUUUUCCAGAUAUGUGAACCGCCACUAGAGGAGCCUCUCUUAGAAGAGGCCAGGCAAGAAGGUAAUAGAUCAGCAGCAGAACCUGAAGUUGGCCUCAAUCUUACACUAGAGGUUAAGACUGAGGAACCUGAAAAAUCUAAAGAAACAUCUGAUUCUCAGCUUCAAUCCCCGCCACAAGGUGAUCAGACAGCCUCAAAGGCUGAUGCCUCCAAAUCUAAAAUCCCUAAAAUGGGCAUUUCAGCUUCAGCCAAACCUACAAAGAAAGAUCAGACAUCCCCUGAAGGUGUAGAUAUUAAAACAGACAAACAUCUAAAUGAAGCAUCCUUGGAUGUAGACACAAGUGUAUCUGACCAAAUGAUACAAACAGCAGAAACUACAGUUACAAGAUCUGUUUACUCUGAGCAAGGCCAAGAGUCCUCUGACUCCUCUCCAGAGGAACCGCAGUCAGUGAUAGAAGCCCCCAAACCGAUAGGCAAACCUAAACAAAAUGCCUCCAGUAGUGUUAAAAAGACUCCAGGCAAGACACAAGCUAAGUCUGCUCCUCAAGCUAAGGGUAAAUCCACAACCCACUCUCCAUCUAAUACAACUUCCUCUUCAACCUCUAUUAAAAAAGAGGCCUCCUUCACAUCUGAAUCUAAAUCUAAAAUUCCCAUUAAGUCGAGCACCAUCAAGCCUGAUUCUUCUGUCAAACGUGUAGAAUCGACCCAAGACAAAAAGCUUAAAGUCCCAGUAAAAAAGGAUUCCAGGAGAAAAUCUGAGACAGACGCAGGUCCCUCUGUGGAUGUCAAAACCAAGGCAACAUCUUCCAAAGCAAAGAGCUUCUGUGAGGGGGAGUCUAAGGGGCCUAGUACAAAAAAAUCGAAAGGCUUCCAAUCCAAAUUGCCAGUCCGGGGCAAAAGUGGUCAGUCAUCUCAUUCCCCAGCACCCACUAAAGAGAAAUGUAUGCCCCGCAAAAAGUCCAUUGAGUUCUUUGAGGAGAUAAGCGAUGAGGCGGCGAAACUCGUCGCAAGGUUGGCACAGGCAGAGAAAGAGAGAGAACAAGAGGCUGCAGCCGCCAACUCGGAUGAUGAGAGCAGUCUCAUUGAUCCAUCAAUCAUAGAAACGGAAACUUUCUCUGAGAUGCAGUUCCCUCCUUCAGGAGACGUCUUUCCUAUUAGACCACUGUGGGACGACCCUGUGGAGACACAGAUGCAGCGAAUUCCAGAUGAUAAAGUCCAAAGUCAAGUAGACCCACAGGAUGAAGCAGAGAGAAAAGAGCAACGAUUGGCCAUUAUAGCUGACCACUUGGGCUUCAGCUGGACGGAGUUGGCACGAGAAGUGGAGUUCAGUGAGGAGAGGAUAAACCUGAUAAGGAUUGAAAACCCCAACUCCCUACAAGACCAAAGCCAUGCUCUUUUGAAACUCUGGGAAGAGAGGGAGGGGAAGCACGCCACAGAAUCAACACUGAUCGAAAGACUGACAAAGAUCAACCGAAUGGACAUUGUUCACCUCAUUGAAACCAAGUUUAUCAAGUCCUCUCAGGAGGAGACGUCAUCACACACCUAUGCAGAAAUUGAGAGGACAAUAGCACUGGAUCAUAGUGAAGGUUUCUCUGCCCUUCAUGAAGACAUUGACAGCCCUCGGCCAGGCAGGCGCACAGGGACAGCAAGUAGGAGUCCAGGCUCAGGACAGGAGGUACCCAUGGUGACAGCAGAGGACCUGUCCUCCAGUAUGUCAUCACUUCCUGAGACGACAGGACGCUCGGAGACAGACUCCACAGCAACAGGCCUUCUUAGAAAUGCCCGGAAGGAGAAAUUACAAAAAGAAAUGGAAAUUAAAUACUCAUCACAAAGAAUAUAUGAGGAAAUGAAGGACUCGGUACACACAGGCGGUUUUAAACAAGUAAGUCCUUUCUUCACAUUGUACCGCACCUCUCCCUACAACCUUCGAUCCCAUGUGAUUGACCCUGUGUACAAAGGGGAACCCAAGUUAGGUCCCCACAUUGCCCUCCCUGCCUACCCCUCCGUUGAUCCAUGCGAUGAUGAGGGGGCAGCUGGGUGUGAGGGGGCUGAAGGGGGAGAGGAAUGGAGCUUGGAGUGUCUACAAACUUCCCCUGCUGAAUACGAUGUUGAUUAUUUGUCACUGUCCCGUUGGCGAGAGUCGUCCAUCAGCUCUCGAACAGGUGUGUGCGAGAGUCGACCAUUGUCUUUGACUGAUUUUGGAGAUAGCUUGAUUGAGUGUGAACAGGCUGACCAAGACUUCAGGACGCUGUCUGCGGAGCUCACAGAACCCGGUGAGGCUCCUCCUCAGACACCGGAAGACACAAAGUUUCUAACGGACGAUGAGGUGCAAAGCGCAUUAGCAGCACAAGACAUCAGGGACAUAGGUGUGCUGCUCACUGAGGAGACACCAAUGGAAUCGAUCCAACUACAGCUCCCUGCUCAGAGCUCAAACACAACCCACAGGACUGUCACUCCAGUUCUACCUUCAUCCGAGAAGACGUUCUGUGUGAAGUCAGACAGAUUGAACGAGUACCCAGACUGGGAGUUGUCCACAGAGGAGGCACAGUCCAGUCAGCUUUUCUCACCCAUGUCAAGCAAGUUUCUGGUGACACCAGAUUAUGAAGCAGUAUUCUCAGGACAUCAAACCUUGAGAGUUUCUGAAUGUACCCGAGACUCCUUGAACGAUUUGAGUCCAGCGUCUCCAGUGUUCAGCGACUCGGCUCAGGUUGGGACUGAAGUCGCCACCAAGAGAGGUUCAGAAACUGAUCAAGACGUGGAGUUUUCCCCAGGCUUUAACAGAGUCCUCUCAGAAUUUGAGAAAAUGGUGUCAGAACUGGAAUCAGAAGAACCUAAGGUGCCACAAACAGACCUCACACCUCGAAUGGGCUCUAAGUCUCCGCAGCUCUCUGACUCUGAUGUGGAAUUCUUUGACUGCAGACAAGCCCUCUCUGACGACUCUGAAUCAGAAGAUAUGAAACUGGACCACAAGAUAGGCUAUCAUAUCUCAGAGCCACCUUCCCCAAUGCCUGGGACUAGCCCUGAUAUUGCUUUCCUCAAGGGGAGCCCUCAGUACACUUCUCGUCCUUUGCUCCGAGUGGAAGAUUAUAAGCGCUUCUCCUCAGGCAGCGAAAGCCUUGGGGAAUUUGCCUACGACUCUGAGGGUUCUCGAACAGAGGGCGACCUACCCGCAUGUGAGGAACUUCCUUCAAGAGAUCAGGCAGGGUAUUACGAUGAUGACGACUUCCUGGGAAGGGAGAUAGCAGAGGAACUAGGGAUGCUGUCCUCUGAUAGCUCAGAAGAGGAGGUGCUGACCACCAGGGUGGUCCGACGCAGAGUUAUCAUUCAGGCUGACAACCUGCCAGACAUCCCACCACAGACUGUCACAGAGGAGAAGUACACAGACGAGCAAGGGAACAUGGUGACUAGGAAGAUCACACGGAAGGUGAUUCGUAAGUACGUGUCUGCGGACGGCAUGGAGUCACAGGAAGUGACCAUCGAGGGCUCUCACCAGGAGACGGUGCAGAUCGAGGAGGGAGACACCGUGUCCAGAGUGGUGAAGAGAACUGUGCUUCACAGUGAGGGGGAUCAGAAAGAGCUGACAUUCUCCGAGCCCCGGGCCCCGGGCGCUGCCACCGCAUCCGAGUUUGAGAUGGAGCCAGUGCAGGGUCGAAAGGUCAGCAAGGUUGUCAAGACAACGGUGGUGAAAGGCAAGAGGAUGGAGAAGCAGACGGGGGACGCCUCGCUGGCUGCGGACCUCCCCUCAGCCAGAGAGGACUUUGAGAAGGCUUUGCGUUAUGCUGGAGGCUUUGGGAAACAGCUCCUGCCUCAUGUAGUAGAGAGGGAGUUUGUGCAGGACGACGGUUCUGUGGUUAGAAGAAGCCACAUGCGUAAGUCGAGAACCCAGAAGAGGACUGUGGUGAGGGACGCCCGGGAGAAGCACGUGCACCUGGAGCGGUUGGAUGACACCCCCGACGCCCAGAAGCCCGACUCCUUGCAGCAGCACCUGCACCGACUGCUCCAGCACUACUGUGAGGACAACAGGGAGGAGGAGAAGGAGGAGGAGGAGGAGGAGGAGGAGAAGGAGAGCUUAGACUGA